AUGCACAUGGCAGUUGAUCAAAAAUCCUUGGCCAGUCUUGAAGCAUUGGUUGUGAAGAUGAGAAAAGAUGUGAAGAAGGCCAGAGUCCUGACUAUUCGUAAACUAACAAGACACAUUGGGAAAUUAAAGUUAAAAAAGGGUUCUGAAGAUUUGAAAUUAAAGAACCAAAAACGAGUUGAUAGAUUAAUUGAAGAAAUCCAUGCCAUGAAGGAAAUAAAGCCAGAUGAAGUUACCAGACUUGCUCUUAGGACAGAAGUUAAUUUUGAAAGUGUCUGCAGAAAGCCAAAUUGUACUGCGACAGAGCGAGCCAUUGCAAGACUUGCAACACACCCCACCUUGAAACCCAGAUUUGUCGAACUUAAAGCUGCUGUAAAAGCUUUUAAGGAUGCAAGAAAGAACCCAGACAAAGCCACUCCUUUGAAAAAGACUACGUCAGAAGAAGAGCCUAAGUCAACACAACAUUUCAAUAGCAGUUUGGAUGAGCAGGCUUUUAAACUAGCUCAAAAACAGCUAGGAUGUGAACACAAAACAAAAAAUAGUAUGAACAUAGAAACUGAUGGGGUGUCUGAAGAACCUUGUGAGAAUGAAUCUGAGCAGAAAACUGUAAAAAUGGAGAGAGCAUAUGUUCCAGAAGAAUCUUCAUUUCAGGCAGUAGAAAUGCAAGCAGUUGGCCAGAAUAAAGCAGGAAGGAAACCUGGCUAUCAAACAAGGAAAGAAAAUACAAGCUCGAACAAAUUAAAUGCAAUAAAAAUUAAUGAUGAUAGAGACCAGGAACAUCCUAAUGAAGAGGAGUACUUUGAUGAUAGUACUGAAGAGAGGUUUUAUAACCAGUCAUCAGAUUCUGACAGUGACAGCGAUGACGAUUUCUUCAUUGGCAAAGUCAAAAGAAAGAAAAAGACAGUAGCAGUUACUGAUCUUUUCUCAGCAAAAGCAAAGGAUAGACUUCAGAAGAACAUGGUGAAGAAAGAAAAGUACACGGCACCUAGGGCAGAGCAAGAUUUGAUCAUGGAAGAAGGAAAGCCACAUGGAAAAGCAUGCAAGCUAGAAUCAGUGUUCUGCAGUUCUUUGUCUGCCUCCAAUCAGAAAUCUCAAAAGAGAAGAAAUACAGAAGACCAGCCUCACAAAAAUGGAAGAACAGCUCUUUAUAAAAAGGAACUACAGCUCAAGAAGCAACCAUUUGCAAAAGCUGCAGGUAUUAAAUGUGACAAUAAGAAAGCGUUUUUGGAGCAGCCUCUUCAUCCAUCGUGGGAAGCAAGCAAGAGACGCAGGGAACAAAUGUCUCAAAUUACUGCAUUCCAAGGGAAAAAGAUUAAAUUUGAUGACUAA